AUGACUACACCCACAGUGAUGGGCUCCAUGUCCGUCGACGCCACAGCCGACACCGAUGUGUUCGGAUACCUUGCCAUCCACGCUAUAGCGUCCGUGCUCUGGUGGGGCUACGAGGUCGGCGUGGCGGUCAAGGCCCCUGAGCUGAAAGGCGACCUCAGCGUCACCAUCGGCGCCAACGCCUGCAACAAUCCAAGUUACCACAUCGGCCUGCACGAGAAGCUGGACGUCGGUCUAGAUGUGUAUGGGUAUGCAGGCACAAGUCCCAUUGAUGCACAGCACAAGUGGGACAUUUGGAGACCCGACACCACCAUAACUGACAGGUGUUGGGGCUGGACUUGA